CACAAAAAGUCUCCCAUGACGUCACCAGGUUUGUCUAUAAAAGUAAAGGAAGCAAAGCAAUAACUUGUUUUAUCGCCUCAGCUGAGAGAUGCAAAGCCCUCCCAAGCCACAGUUUGCCAGCUGGCUCAUAGAGCAAGUGGACACAGGCCAGUACACAGGCCUGUGCUAUAUGGGCCAAAACAAGUUCAGAGUCCCCUGGAAGCACAAUGCCAGAAGGGACUGCAAUGAUGAGGAUGGUAAAAUAUUCCGGGCAUGGGCAAUAGCAAGUGGUAAAAUCAAUGAGUUCCCCAAUGACAAGGCCAGGUGGAAAACCAACUUCCGCUGUGCUCUGAACAACCUCGCCGUGCGCUUCAAGAUGAUAGAGGACAAUUCCAAGAAUUCUGACGACCCUCAUAAAAUCUACCAGAUUAUCAACACUGAGUAUAAUUAUGAAUGUCUGCCAACACAAGACUCCCAGGAGGAUUCUGACAUGAUUCCAGAUAUCUACUGCUCUCCCACAGAGGACUUCCCCUCAGCAAAUGAGUACAAUCUGAUUAAAAAUUUCAUGGCCAUGGAUCUUGUCAACCAUCCAACCGAGGAGUGGGUACAGCCCUAUGCCCAGGAAAAUCCAGUCCUUGGAAGCUAUCCUGCUGUUGUAACAGCUGAGAACCUCCAACAACCUUUACCAGAUCAGCCGGCUUACAUUCAGGCAAAUUCAGUCUUCAGUUCGCCUCCACAGCCAAGUAUCUGGGACCUGGAGAUCUCGAUCCACUACAGGAAAAAAGAAAUGUUAAAGGUAGUGGUGAACACUGCUCGUCUGCAGCUCCACUACCACCAUGAGGUCCCUGAGCUCAACGCCCAGCAUCUCUGUUUCCCCUCCACUGACGGCCUGCUGGAUCACAAACAGAUUGAAUACACCAACUGCAUCCUUAACAGUAUUCAGAGAGGUCUACUCCUGGAGGUGCGGGAAACUGGUAUCUAUGCCUACAGGCAGGACAGGUGCCAUGUGUUUGCCAGCACUGGUGACCCCAGUGUGGCUCACGGUAACCCAGAAAAACUGCCCCAAAACACAAUGGUGGAGCUCCUCAGUUUUGAGACGUAUGUGAACGAACUGAAACAGUUCAAAGAGAACAACGGUGGCUCUCCGUCUUACACCAUCAACAUGUGCUUUGGAGAGAAGUUUCCUGAUGGAAAACCUUUGGAGAAGAAGCUCAUCGUAGUCCAGGUGGUCCCUCUGAUCUGCCGACACUUUCAUGAGAUGGCUCAGAUGGAGGGAGCUUCGUCUCUUCACAGUGCCAACGUCAGCUUGCAGAUCUCACACAACAGCCUCUACGAUCUCAUUAACUCAGUCUUUGGUCUUCCAACAGUUGAAGCUGCUGAACCUUUCCAAAAUCAGAUGUGAAGUUUUAUAUUUCACUGCUCUUCUUUAACUACCACAUCCUGCUCUCACUCCAAGAUUUGCUAAUACAUAGCCAAUCCUGUUCACUCCUGGUUAGUAGGAAUAAACAGCACCAAACUGAAUAUUGUAAGAAACACUUUUCAUGUAUUUUCAUCUGCAUCCCCUGUUUAUGUUAUGUAUCUAGACUGGUGAGCACUGACAUUUUCAGCACAACUUAUGUACUGUAGAUAUUGUUACAUUACUCAACUAAAAUGCCAAUGGUCUUAACAAUACGCCUUUUUUAUGAUUGCGUAAUAAUGUGACUGUAAAUAUCAAAUUCUUUAGGACUGUAUAUAGGACUAACCACAAUGACUAAUAUGUAAGUAAAUCUGUGUUAAAAUGUAAGUUUUUGGUCAUAUUUAUAAUCUUGUAACAACCAAAGUGAUAUUACAAUUAGGUAUUGUAUAGUGUAGUUUUUGUAUUGUGUCAUAAAGCUAUUAAUUGUGUUUUGCACUUGAGAAUUUGAUUUUGGUUCAAUCAAAAAAAGCUAUACUCUGCUCAUCAUUUUGCACUGAAGCUAACUGGCACUAUUAAGCUUUCAAAUAAACAG